AUGGCAUACGAUGAGCCUCCCGAUCCAUACCAGGACCACCACCAGCAUCCACCCGCUCCUCCAUAUCCCUCGCAGUAUGCGCCCGAUCAAAUCGACAUGCCCCAUCCCCAGGUGCCGCCGCCCGCAGCGCCGCAUCCCGGCAGCAUCAAUGAGGCCGUCAGCUCCGCUGUUCACCAGGCCGACACCUCAUCCUACCUGUCCCCUGAGGUCCUGACUCAGAUCACGGCGACAGUGAUCCAGCAACUGAAAGCCACCGGCCUGGAAAACUUCCAACCAUCCCCUUCUCGAUCGCAGUCCCAACCGCCGCCGCCACAGCAGCAGCAGCCACCACCACCACCACCACCGACAUGGCCGUCAGCAGAGCCAAGUUCGCUACGUACACAGCCAGAUUCGCCUCAUUCGAUGGCUUCACCGUCAGUUCACCAUAGCCAUGCUGACACACAGUACAAUCCCUACCCACCACCAUCGGGGUAUGCGAGCGACGUCCGUCCCAGUCCUAAGCAGUCGCCCGACCCUUUAGCAGAUCGACGCAACUCGCUUUCCAGCCAGGGCAGUGCGCGUAGCGCGAAGACGGAUUAUCGCCCGAAACCGCCCGACAGGGACGCGACUGCCAUCGAAAUGACUACACUUGAGAAAAUCUGGGGGAAAUUGUUUGAGGAUGGGAAGCCGACGAAGAGAUUGGGGCAGUUUUUGAGGGGAAUUGCUAUGCAUUUGAUCGAGGACUAUCCACCCGGAAAUACUCUUGUCGUUGUCCCGGACAAGUUGCAGAAGUUCUACAAAGACACUCAUGUUUCGUGGGAUACUUAUCCGUGGCAGGACAUUUUUGAUGACCGCACAUCCUCCAUCUCCCGACUGUUUCGUGUGGUCCAAGCAGAGCACUGUUUGGUACAGGCGCCAAACAAAUUCAACGAACGACCCGACAUCCCAGGCCUCACACCAAGGGGAUUCGAGAAAUGGCUUACUCUCAUGAUCCUAGCCAACCCAGAUCGCGAGUACGAGCGCCUCCAAAAGGCUGUGCUGAACAUGCCCAUCAACAACCCGGACGACAAGAAAGAACGCUUCCCCAAGGAAAUCCCCCGCCAGCUCUUCCCCAAGGUGGGUAAUUUGGACCUCCGAGAAGAGACCGAGGAAUACAUCAUUAAGCACUGCGGCGUCGACCUGCCUCAUAUCACGGAAGAAGAACGGUCCAAGGCUGCCUCGAAGUCAUCCCCCACCCCAACCCCAGCGUCUGCACCCUCCAUGGAACGAAUGCCAUCAUACGAACGAGGCCGCCCCCCGCCCUCCGCAUCGUCAUCCUCCGCCGUCCUCGACGACGAAGACGAAACCAUCUCCCCGGCCCCAAUCGAACGCGAACGAAAACCCUAUAGCGUCCAGCCGGGUAGCGGAAAAGUCUACGACGAUUUCCAAUCCCCGCGCAACUCCACGGGUUCCUUCUCGACGACCUCUCGCCCAGACACGAUAGGCCGAUCCGAGCUGUACGACCGAGACCGAGAUCCGCUCUACGCGCGCUCGGGCUCCGUCCAAACCCAACCUCCCUCCGCACACCGGAUCCCAGCACACCACGGCCGCUCCCGUAGUUCUUCUCGCAGUGUCAAUCAUCCCAGCGAGUAUCGUCGCUCGGAGGGUGACCUCCUCGGCCGGGAUGGUCAUAUCCCCCGCUACGCCGGCGUCUCCGCGGGAGGCGACCUCUACUCGGAAUCCCCGUCGUCGACCCUCCCUUUUGACUCGGGGGCUCAUUCCCGAGAUCAUUUGUCCUCGCACCGUGGAAGUCGUGCUGGCGAAGACGAAUACUAUCGCGGUAUGCUCGGUGGGCAAGGCGGCGGCCCGGUUCAUGAGAGAUAUUAUCGUUAA